AGCACGGGGGAUUUUGUGCAGUGUCAUUAGAUGCUAAGGAGCACUAUAAAUGCUGGGCAGUUCUAACCAACGUUAUCAUUCUACGAGCAGCAACCUACCGAAGCAGAAAUGAAGUCGUGUGUUUGUGUCAUUCUGGCCGCUUUUCUUUUCGGAGCUAACGCUCUGACCGAGGAGCAGCUAAAGAAGGCCAAUGAGUUUGCAACCACUUGUCAGGAGUCGUCCGAUGGGGUCACGAAGGAAGCGGUCGCCAACUUGCGCUCCGGGGACUUCUCUGGCGUUGAUAAAAAUUCCAAGUGCUUCGUCAAGUGCUUCCUGGAGAAGGCAGGAUUCAUGGACAGCCAGGGUAACUUGGUCAAUGAUUAUGCUAUUGAGCGACUCUCUUUGGAUCGCGAAAGAAGCAAAGUGGAAGCUCUGGUGAAACAGUGCAGUGUGAAGACAAACGACCCAUGCGAAACUGCUUUCAAGGCUUUCGAGUGUUAUUACAAUGGUAAAGCUUCUCUGCUGUGAAUUUGAUGAUUGAGAAUAAAAUAUGUAGCAAUUGAAAAAAGUGA